GCAGGCGAGCAAGUAAGCGAGGGCAGCGGCGGGGCCGUGCGGGCGGGGGCCGUGCCGUGCCGUGCCUUUCUGCUGCCCCUCGUCUCCCCGGUCCGGCCUGCCGUACCUCCGGUGUCGGCUCGAGCCCCGCGCGGGGGCAGCCGGGGGCGUGAGGGAAGCCGGUGGCGAAGGCGGCUCCCCGAGCUCCGCUCCGCGAGGGGCUGCUUGCGAGGGGCUGCCAUGAGGAUCCGGCUGGCGAGAAGGUGGACUUGGGUCCGCAGAAGCUGUGCGUUGCUGGGCUUCUUGACGGUCGCCUACUUCGCUUUGGAGCUGUCUGUUUCUUCCUUCGGUGCCUCCCUCGCCGGGGAGAGCAUCUCCAAAGGGAAAUGGGAGCGGCGCUUUACGGACGGAGCAGAAGAGGCGGUGGAUUUGGCUCGCCCGGUUUAUGACAAAUCUCCACCCGAUUCUUAUGCCCCGGGAGAAUGGGGCAAACCCACUCGCCUGCAGCUGAGCCCCGAAGAGAAGAAACAGGAAGCAGAGCUGAUCGAUAAGUAUGCAAUUAAUAUUUAUUUGAGUGAUAAAAUCUCUCUCCAUCGGCACAUUGAAGACAAUCGAAUGAGUGGCUGUAAAACUAAAUCAUAUAACUACAGAAAGCUGCCCACAACCUCUGUUGUAAUUGCCUUCUACAAUGAAGCCUGGUCCACGUUGCUGCGGACAGUGCACAGUGUUCUUGAAACUUCUCCUUCAGUGCUUCUGAAAGAAAUUAUAUUAGUGGAUGAUUUGAGUGAUAAAGUGUAUUUGAAAACUGACCUUGAGAAGUACAUAAGCAGCCUGAAAAGAGUUCGUUUGAUACGGACCAACAAACGGGAAGGGUUGGUUCGCGCGCGCUUAAUUGGAGCUACCUUUGCUACUGGUGAUGUCCUCACCUUUCUCGACUGUCACUGCGAAUGUGUCUCCGGUUGGUUAGAACCAUUGCUUGAGAGAAUUGCCGAGAAUGAGACCGUUGUGAUCUGUCCUGUUAUUGACACCAUCGACUGGAACACAUUCGAGUAUUACAUGCAGUCAGCGGAGCCCAUGAUCGGGGGCUUCGACUGGCGACUGACGUUCCAGUGGCACUCAGUGCCGAAACACGAACGGCUGAGGCGCAAAUCUGAAACAGACCCAAUCAGAUCCCCAACUAUGGCCGGGGGCUUGUUUGCUGUCAGCAAGAAGUAUUUUGAGUACCUGGGUACCUAUGAUACAGGAAUGGAUGUCUGGGGAGGAGAGAACUUAGAGUUAUCAUUUAGAGUGUGGCAGUGUGGAGGCAUGCUAGAAAUUCAUCCGUGCUCUCAUGUAGGCCAUGUGUUUCCAAAGCGUGCUCCGUAUGCUAGACCGAAUUUCCUUCAGAACACAGCGCGUGCUGCUGAGGUGUGGAUGGAUGAGUAUAAAGAACACUUCUACAACAGAAAUCCUCCAGCGAGAAAAGAAAACUAUGGAGAUAUUUCUGAGAGAAAGCUACUAAGAGAGCGUUUGAAAUGCAAGAGUUUUAACUGGUAUUUGAAAAAUGUCUUUUCUGAGUUGCACGUACCAGAAGAUCGUCCUGGUUGGCACGGUGCUGUCCGCAGCAUAGGCAUAUCGUCAGAGUGUCUUGACUACGUUUUACCAGAGCAUAAUCCUACUGGAGCUCACCUUUCUCUCUUUGGAUGUCAUGGUCAGGGAGGGAAUCAAUUUUUUGAAUACACAUCAAAUAAAGAGUUUAGGUUUAACUCUGUGACGGAGCUAUGUGCUGAAGUCCCUGAGCAAGAGGAUUUCAUAGGUAUGAGGAGCUGCCCAAAAGAUGGAUCUCCUGUCCCAGAAAUUAUUAUAUGGCAUUUCAAAGAAGAUGGGACUAUUUAUCAUCCUCAUUCUGGAAAGUGCCUUACUGCUUAUCGUACUGCUGAGGGGCGUGCUGAUGUGGAAAUGAGAACUUGUAAUGCUGCAGAUAAAAAUCAGAUGUGGAAAUUUGAGAAAUAAUCACUAGCGGUACUAAGGAUCAAAUUGAGCAGAGUCUCCAAGGUUUUUACAUAUGUGAGCAGAUAGCAACGUUUGACUGUAUACCUUGGAAUGUCUUCAGAUGUGUCUUUCCUGUAGUGGUGUAGAAACUAUCUGCUGUGGUGAACUGUAUGGAAAGCAAAAGCAAAUGCUGGGAGUUAGUUUCUUAAACAGUGAUUUACAUUUCUAAUGCCUUCUAUUUUUGUAAAAUUUUGACCAAUUAGUUUCUUAUUUUGGUCUCUCUUAAUUAUGGCAAAACAAAUCCUUUUGAGUGGACUGAAGAGGGAUUUUCUCAUUGUUUACUCUUAGAAAAUGAGCGCAUUAAGCCUGCACAGUAAUGUUACGUGCAAGUAAAACUUUUGUACUUACUGAAGUAAAGUUGAGGUUCUUGCAGUGUUCACCUAUUUGCAGAUUCAUCGAAAUAGACAUAUCUGUUGCCCUAAGUUAUUCUGCAAUAGCAUGUGACUGCAUUGACAUUGAUGUGGAAAGCUGAAUCUGAAGUCUUGGAAUAUUCUGGGAAUAUUUUUCCUAGGGAAUUUACAUGCUAUUAAGGGUUUUAGGGUGACCUCUAACAAUAAUACCGCAUUGAAGAGAAGGAAGCACUUCUUAGAGUGUAUGGAUCUGGGCACAGCUUUGCAGUCUUGCUCCUAUUCUGUAAAACUCACCUGGCCAGGAUGAGUCUCAAGUUUAGAAAAGAGAGCACAGUAGCAGUGAAACCAAGGACAUGCUAGAGGUGCUGCAAAUGGGAAGAAAUGAGUGGUUAGAAAUAUGAGUUCUGCUGGAAGGUAGUAAGUAAAGCACAGAAUUGCAUUAGCUGCUGCUGUUUCUUUGCUAUGUAUUUAAUAUUUACAUCACUGUGUAAGUUUUUCAUUAAGUUGGGCUUUGUAGAGCACAGUCUAUUUGACUUUGCCAUGUAUCUUUUUUUUUUUUUUUUUUUUUUAAAUUUUAAUGAAUCUUACACAUUUUAGACUGACAGCAGAGUAGGGGGGAGAAAUACAAAGGAAAAGUUGAGCUGUCUUAUUUUGUAUUAUAUGUUUGUCACCAGCUGGCAUGCUCUGCACACUUGGUAGUCUGGAAAUAAUGCAACAUCCACAGGUUCUUUCUAUUCACCAUAGUGUCUUGGGAGGCCUAGUCUGGAGUUGCUGAGGUAAAGAGGGCUGGAAAGGCAAAGGAGAGAUUGGAAGAAAACAAGAUGUCUUGUGAACCAUAUAAUAAAUCUCAUUAAUGUUUUCUGUAUCCUGUUAUACUGAGCUUUGAGUAACACCGAUUCUAGAAUCAUGUCAUGAUUAGCUUUCAGUGUGAUUAUAGAUAGUAGAUGACUGAUAGGUUUUUUGUAUUUGAAAAAAAAAAUCUUGAUUCUGUGGUUUUUAGUUAUAUGCAAUUAAGUUGAACACUUAUUUUUAUGUUUUGGGCAUUUGAAGUUUGUUUGGUCCCUUACACUGAAGUAGUAAAUGUCUUUCAGUAGCCACAGUAUAGUAAUCCUUGACUCUGGGCUGGUGGGAACUUGAACUUCGAGCAGUAAGAAUCUGGAUAAAGACAGCUGAGCUAUGCAGUAGAUGCUCGUUUAAUAAAGGCGUUGCUAAGUAGAAGGAUUAAGGGGGAGCAAGUGAAACCUGAAGUGACUAUAUUAAAGAUAAUAAAGCAAGAGUUAAGAAAGAUAUACGUUAGUAUCUUAGUAAUUUUGAAGAACGGAAGGGUUUGCGUGCAAACAGGCUGAGACUGAAGGGGAGCAGAGGAAGAAAAUUUGGAGUGGGGGAUACAAUGUUGAAUCAUGCUCAAAAUGCUUGCCACUGUGUGGCAUGAAUUGUUUUAAGCCUCUAAUUUACUUUUAGGAGGUUACUUACAACUUAAUUUUUUCUCUUUUUUUUUUUUUUCCUCUCACUUUCUCCCCCCCCAAAUACAAUUUUGGGGUAAAAGGAGCUUCUUUACUAUAUAAGGGAGACAUUCCGGAAAAAAUCCAUUCCACUGCAGUAAGGAAUUGUUUUGCAGACCUACAAGUUAUGAAUCAUGUAUCAAAUGGUAAAAGGCAACCAGUCAUUAAGUACUGGAGGAACGAAUUAUACAAAGUUACAUGCUUUUGUGAAAAGCUUGCUGUAGGCUGUUAUGUUCAGUAGGUACAACAGUAAAAAGGCCUGGGUUCUUCUACGUGACUGAAGCAUCAGCUGUAUAUGCAAUGCAUGUUUCCUCAGAUGAAAGUAAAAAGCGUGAAUAUGGACUAUGCAAAUUUUAUGCAAUUAACUUUUUUUAGGAUUUGACAAAAAUAUAUAUUUUGUAUAAUGAACAAUCUUCAUGUUAAAUCUGCCAUUUGAAGUGUUCCUUAUCUGUUUAAGCAAUAAAUCAAAGUGAAUCUGCCUCUUAAAGUUUAAAAACUUAUUCUAUGCAUACUUGAACCUUUCUUCCUUCUCCCCAGUACCUCCCCUUCUGUUUUUGUGGUUAUUUAAAACCUAAAUAGAACUGGGAGGGGAAACAAAACCAAAAAAGGCAAAAGCAAACUACCUGGCUGAGGUAAACAAUCUGGAUUUCAGACAUAAAGUGUGUAUUUUCUCCCAAAUGGAGGAAAAAAAUUGAAAGGGGGAAGUAGACAAGGGAAGAAAGAGAGAAGAAAAGCUUGCUGUUCCCAGUUCAGCUAGUCUUGAACUGGGUUGUAGCAAUUGUACAGAAAUCUUCCAGUCUGGUCGUCUCCCAGUGCAGAUUCCUGGAAAAUCUGUAGCUGUGGAAGAUUUUCUAUUCUGUUUAAAUUUUAAAAAUUUGGGGAGCACUUGUAUAUAUUUUAAACUACUGAUUUUUAUGUGACUUAAGCAACUGAAUGUAAAUUUAACACUGAAUGAAUGUGAGAUUACUUUGAGGUUUCUCUUGAAAAAUAAAAUCCAGAAUGAUAAUUAA